CACGUCGUGACCCGCCGGGAUCACUGUCUUUCAACCCCCCUCCUCCCGUGUCCUUAUCCUAUCUCGCCCCUCACGUUUGCCACUACGGAAGUGUCUUUUAAGCAAACAACAAAGAACGCGAUUGACUCUUUGUGCGUGAAUACGCCAAGGGGAAUAAUUCCGGUAAGUCAGCAUCAGAUCUAUGCUGCUGAGGCAGUCCCUGCAGCUUAUUUGACCUCCACCAUGGCGACCCAUAUGUCAGCAACUCCGCUUCCAGCAAGCAACGGCGAGACCCACGCGCGGGGUCCUCAAGUCACCACAUCGACCGGAUCAGCUGCGACAUCUGCGCCUUCUGUGAAUCGCAAGAAGCAGAAACGUCGACAGAAACAAGCUGCUCGCUUAGCCGCGGAACAUCCCGAUGCUUACGCCUCCGGAGAUGCGGACUUGCUAGCUACAGAUGAACAGCGCUCCUACGAUGAAGACCACGAAUAUGACCUCGAUGAUCACCCCCACACAGCAAGCGGUGGUCAUUACGGAUAUGCAUCACCAGAACAUCCCCGCGGACCUCCCGCGACGAACGGACCCGAUGGCCACCACGCGGCCUUAGGCGAGACAUCGAAAAGGAAGAAAAAUAGGAAAGCCCGAUCCGACUCCCAGAAUCAUGCUGAUCGUAGCUCGACUCCGCUUUCAACCCCGUCCGCGACUUUCUCUCACCCUCCUCCACCUCCCCAAUCCAUGCCAUACAUCAGUCGAUUCACCGGAAAACCUAUGAAAAAUAGCAGCAUCUGGAACCAGUCAACUCUCGAAGAACGCGAAAAUAUCAGGACCUUCUGGUUUGAGCUCGGCGAAGAAGAACGGCGCCAGCUUGUCAAAGUGGAAAAGGAUGCUGUUCUGAAGAAAAUGAAAGAACAACAAAAGCACUCUUGCAGUUGUACAGUUUGUGGAAGAAAACGAACCGCGAUUGAAGAAGAGUUAGAGGUCCUCUACGACGCAUACUACGAGGAGCUUGAACAAUAUGCGAAUAACAAUCAAGGCGCAUUCGACGAGGGAGCUCCCAUCAUUCCUCCUCCUCGACUCUAUCAACCACCCCUUCGACCCCCAGGGCAGCAUACUAGGACGCACGGCCAGUUUCAUCCGUCACGGAGCCGAGUCGAGGAACUACCUGAGGACAACGAUGAUGAUUUAGAAGAGGAAUACGACGAAGAAGAGGAAGAGGAUGACGAAGAAGAUGAGGACGAGGAAGAGGAUGACGAGGAGCUGUACAGCGACGAGGACCUUGAAGAUGAUGAAGCUCGAGCAGCCCGGGCUGAUUUCUUUGCAUUUGGUAACAGUCUAACUGUAAAAGAUGGCAUUCUUACAGUUGCAGACGAUCUCCUGAAAAAUGAUGGCAAGCACUUCAUCGAUAUGAUGGAGCAAUUGGCUGAACGGAGAAUGCAAAGAGAGGAAGAUACACAGUACGGAAUAGCUGCUGCUCAUCAGUCCUUCCAUGGGCAUAAUCAUGGCCCUUUAGAUGAUGAGGAUUACGAUGAUGAAGAGGACGACGAGGACUACGAUAGUCAAGAGGAGGAAGAGUUCGACGAGGACGAAAUGGAUGCCAUGACCGAGGAACAACGCAUGCAGGAAGGCCGACGGAUGUUCCAGAUUUUCGCCGCCCGAAUGUUUGAGCAACGGGUUAUGACGGCAUACCGAGAGAAAGUCGCCGAACAACGUCAGAAACAGCUAAUUGACGAGCUCCUCCAAGAGGAGACGUUGAACGAGCAGCGUAAUGCCAAAAAGGCCCGGGAAGCGCAAAAGAAGAAAGAUAAGAAGCGAUUGCAAAGACAAGCAAAAGAAGAGGAGAAAGCCCGCCGGGACGCCGAGAAGGCGGCUGAAGAGGCGGCUGUGAAGGCUGCGCAAGAGAAGAAACUCGAAGAACAGCGAUUAAAGCGCGAAGAGCAACGGAAGAAGCGUGAUGCCGAAAAAAAGGCACAAGAGGAAGAGCGUGCUCGCAAAGAAGCCGAGAAGCAGCGACGACUCAAAGAAGAACGGGCACGUCAAGCUGAAGCUGAGCGUAAGCAACGAGAACAAAAGGAGGAAAAGAAGAGGCGAGAGGAUGCCAAACGCAAAGAAAAGGAAGAGAGUGAGGCCUUGGAAAAGAGAACCAGAGAGGAACGUGAGCGCAAAAUGCGCGAAGAUCAGGCCAGGAAGGACCGAGAUGCAGCACGAGAGCAGGAGAUUCGAGAUCGUAGUGGAAAGCGCGAACAAGUCAGAACCUCGCCACCACACACUCUGCCAGGCGUCAUCCCAUACAAUCUCCAGUCUCAGGCCCCUCCUGGUUUCCUGCAGUCCCCGCAUUAUCCUAUGGCGACACCUAUUCCUAAGGUCUCGACCCCGGGACGGCCUCGUCAACAAUCCCAUCAUGGCUCUUCUACAUCCUCCCCUCACUCUCAACCUAACAGCGCCGAUUCCUCUCACCACCCUUCCAUCUCCCCACGUUCCAUGGGUCAUCCGCAGUCAGGAGCGACUUUCGGUGCCAGACAAGGUUAUCAACAGCCUCCUUUGCACCAUCCUCAGCCUUCUGCUCCUCUGUCACCUCUAGGGCGCACAAAUCCUUCAGCAUUCGCUGGCCUCGGUGGUCUACCAUUCAACCCCCCGGGCAUACCAGGAAUGGCUCCGCGAUCGACUCACCCUCCAGAAUCCAUGUAUUCGUCGAAUGCUGGGAUGAUGAACCCUUUGCGAUCAUUCAACGGAUCUGGCGGAAUUCCUGCGCCGCCUGGGAUGAACGGUGUACGCACCAUGCCGCCGACCCGAGCGUUCCCCCCUGAUUCUGUGCACGGCCUUCCCUUCGCUGGCAAUCAUGGAGUGCCAGGGGCAUUCCCUCUGCAGCAAGCCGGUCUCUCAAAAGCCCAUUCCAGGCAGCCCUCUCUUUCAUUUGACCGUUCUCCGUUAGAGUCUGGGACCCAGCCAUUCCCCAUCACACGGCCAAGCCCUAUCAAACGCCCAUCCAGCUCCGCACAGGACCGGCAGAACAAUGGCAAUGCUUCAGUGCAGCGAGAAGUGGAUGGCUUGAGUGCUCAUCUAGGUAGCAGUGCGCUCCUGGAUGACACUGAUGCUACAUAUCCAUCAAACCUGUCUCAAUCAUUGCCUGGUGACCCCGCACCCGGGGCAUUCCCGGGGCCAACGCGAGCGAGCUUCCAAGGAUCGUCCUUGUUCUCAGAUCCUCUGGGAUCCCCACAGAAUAACUUCCCGGUUGGUUCUCCAAUGGGAAACACCACAUGGGCUGCGACACCCUUUGGAGGUUCCCCCUUUCCUUCCACAUGGGGACACGCCCCUGCCGGAACUGGCUGGCCUCCCAAUAAUGCCUUCGCAGCGGGUGGUCAUCAUCGGCCCCACACUUCUCGACCCGUUACAAUUCGCCUGUUGGUCAUCCAAGCAUGCAAGCAGCUGAACUCGAUGACCAGCCCGCAGAAGGGUGCUGGAAGCUUCCACGAUGUGAACCUUGUUCUCGGUCAGGUGGAGCAGCUGCGCAACUCGGGAGAGCCAUCGAUCUCUUUGGACGAAAUGCUUGAUAUCUGCGAUACAGAAGGCAGUCCGCAGAAUGGCGGCGGAUCGUUCUCUAUCAAGGAAGGCCCGAGUGGCCAGUCUGUCCGAUUCGAACCCGAUCCCAACAGUUCAGUCUCCGGUCAUCGGGGUAGCAUUGUGCCUGGCGAUAUCGGCAGCCCGAUUCCUAGUAACAGCCACCCAGCUCCCUUCAGCGGAUUUGGUGGGCCCUCCGUGCUGCGGCAGUAUGCUUCGCCUCCGACUGGCUUAUUCGGCGGGACUUCUCUAUCCUGA